AUGAAGCCCCAGCAAACAGAGGUGUCCGCCCCGCUGCAGCCCUCCGACCAGGAGCCGACCGGCCCCGAGGAGCAGCCCCCCGACUACGUACUCUGGUCCCUCUUCAACGUCCCAUUAAAUGCAACUAUCUACCCGCCCGUGCCACAACGAGGGAUCUGCCCAGCCACGGCCACCCGGGAGGACUGGGCUGAAGACAGGCUGGUGGAGCAGGAGAGCCGUGGGGUGCCCCUCUGCGUGGCCAUGGACACCUCUUACCCGCGGGAGGACCACUCGCUCGCCCCGUCCCACAAGCGGGAGCUGCCCCCCACCCUCCUCACCUCCCCUCCACCCCGUGACCACCUCGUCUGGUCCAUCUUCAACACCCUCUACAUGAACUUCUGCUGCCUCGGCUUCGUGGCGCUCGCAUUCUCCGUCAAGGCGCGGGACAGAAAAGUCUGCGGGGACGUGGAAGCUGCUCAACGCUUCAGCUCCAAGGCCAGGUGCUACAACGCGCUGGCCACGGCCGGCAGCCUGGUGCUGCCGCUGCUGCUGGCCGCCCUGCUCAUCACCGGCGUCAUCCAUCUCUCCAAGCUCGCCCAAGACUCCGUUGGCUUCUUCACCUACCAGUUCAGCCCCAGCGACCAGGAGGACAAGUGACCGGUGGGCAAAGAGCUGGUAGAAAUUCCUCCUUCGCAUUCCAAAACAAAUAAUAAAAGAGCAAACACCAAACACCACCCAUCCCUGCCAAUCAGGGCAACCUCCCCGAGCUGUGACCCCCACCGGGCAGUGUGUGGCUGGGUUGGGGGGGAGCAGCCCCACGAGCUUCUCCUACUUGGCUGCAUCUCCCCCCACCCUCCCUGGUCCAGCACCCCCAAGCCCCCCGACUGACCCCCUGCCACGCUCCUUGGUGCAGCUCGAUUGCUGGUGUUGACCUGGGGGUGGGGUGGGUUAAUUCUUUUUAUCUGUGCGGAGCACGGAGC